AUGUUCGGCUACAUCUACCAAAUCGCCCUAGUCUACGACGCACUCGCCCAGAAGAAUACCAUUCAGGUCAUCGGGCUGGUUAUAUAUAACCUAGGUAUCCUCAUCUAUGCCGCCAUCCAGUUCGAUCAGAUCGACGAAGCGAUUACUGAGCUAAAGAAACUCAAUGGGCUCGACGACCUGUUUGUCUGGACCGAGAUCCGCGCUGAACUCGUCGCCCUCCCAAUUCUGAUGGCGGUAGCUACCAUCGUCUUCGCUUUCAUUGCGUGGAAGCUGUAUGAUGAGUUCGCUUGGACCAUCUACAAGCACAUUUCCGCAGAUCUGCGCAUGAAGAGGCGCUACCUCACCUAUCAGAUUUACAUUGCGCUGCUGAAAUUCGACUUCUUCUUCUUCCUCGCCUUCACUGUCCAAUUCCUCGUCGUUGUCGAGAACACUUCGACGGUAGAACUCGCGCUCACGGCGGCUGCGCUGGUCAUCACAUUCAUCCUGCUCUUCCUGGCUGCGUGGUGGGUCCGCCGAGAGUCCGUGGCCGGCAUGAUCGUGGUCAUCAUCAUCUACUUCAUUGCCCUGGGCUACUUUUUGUUCAAGCUAGUCCGCAUGUACGCUGCCGAUGCGGCGCGUCUCGAGGACUACAAGCCUGCACGAAAAUCGCUGACAAGUUUCGCCGUCCUGACCAUUCUGCUGCUUGUCAUCACCAUCAUCACAGCAUGCAUUUGCACGCACAAUUUCAACAAGGGACUGAAGCCAUUUGUGAACGAGAAGAGCGUCGGGAGGGGAAGCGAGGGGAAGGCUUACGGAAACGAGAUGCCAAGCUUGAGCGGACCGACACCAGCCCAGCGGAUGGAGAUUGAUUGA